AUGAAUAGACGUCGUUCGCAUCGAUUAGGCCGACUGCUGUACCUGCCUAGGAAUGAGGACACGUUUUUACGCUGUCUUCGGCCUCUUGGUGUAGGCUUUCAUCCACUGUUGCGGUCCCAACAGUCUCCCACUGCGCCUCCGUUCUUCUCGCUCACCACGUCUGCCGCCCUCGCGCCCCUGGUUCCCUUGGCCAUCAUACCGGACACGGCUGUUUGGACUGCCGAUGCGCUGCACGACGACGAUGUAGAGGGGGUGAUGCCCACGCGGGAGUUGUGCCUCGCGCUUCUUCCGCCAGGAACGCCAAACCCUCUAUGCGAUGCCUUUUACCUGUCGCUCUACUUUGCCCUCAACGUCUACCGAAGGACGUCGGCGUGGUCAGUGUGGCAACGCCAGCAAAUUGCCCCGGCCUCAAUGAGUGGCGACGACAGACGUUGUGCCGUCGAAUUUUUCCGGUCGCUGUCUCAACACAGUCUAACACCCCCACUCGAACUUUUCUUGUCGAUGACUGAGUACGCAUUGACCCAUUCCUGCCGAUUAUCAAGGGAUGGCACGCAGGUGCAAAGGGACGGCCCCUCCUUUUCAGUGAUACCUUUGGUCGAUGCGACACUUUCUACAGCCACCGAGGGGGCGAAUCUCACGUUGGAAAGGUGCGGCGCGGAAGCUGCGCACGCGCUGCGAAAGACAUCACCUUUCUUGGCCACUGGGCGAGGUGGGCGGGGAACCUCUGACAAGGCGGAGUUUUGGGUGUUAAAAACAGCCAAGCAUGUUGAAAAGGGAGGGCAAUUGACUCUGCAACAGGCCUUGUGA